UCUAAAAACAAUUCCUCUACUUAACGCUUGUGGCGGAUGGGACUAUACAGCACAGCGAAAAAUGUCAGAAGAAAUCAGGAAGAGCGGGAUAUUGUAAACAGGAAGUUCUCAUAUAGUGAAAAUCUCUGCUCAAUUUUUUGUAUCAUAGGAUGUUACAUUAAACUCGGUUUGCGCGAAACGUUAUUGGGAAGGGGAAUACGGUAAAGCUUAAGUACUACUAUUUUCAGUUUGUUUACUACAUAUGUCGAUAACUAUUUAAACAAUGACUUUGCAUGGACAGUAUGGUAUCUGGGUGAACACUGACACCACACAAAGGUCAAAAUUGAUCUAAUCUGGUUCAAACUCUUCUGUGAUCCGUGUGUUUUUUUGUUUUUGUUUUUGAAAUUAAAUGAUUAUGUAUUCAACCAUUAUUAUUUGAUAUAUAAUGGCAGUGAAUCCCCUACGUCUCCUUCAAUAUUCUAUUUCUAUCUUUAUCAAUUUGAUUUAAAUUAUUAGUACCGUAGUAAUACUGUUUUACAUAAUUUUUAAAUAAAAUGUGUUUACGUAACAUUUUCUCCAAAUCUGUAUGAAUGCCGUUACGCCAUAUGUAUCCCAUUUCCAGUCCCAUUUUAAGUAGAGAUAAAAGCAAAAAUGAAAAAUAAAUAAAUAAUAAUGUUAUAUAAAUUUGUGAUUGAUAAGAAAUUGGUUAUGUUAACACCUCUGCUCGAUCAAUACCCUAGCUUAUAGUUUACUCUAACUACUGCUCUGGACAACAAGCAUCAACAUGCGAGUUAUUAUUUUCUCAGUCUUGCUGCUGGUCCUUUCGUUUUCAACAAAUGAUGUAGUUGGUCAUGGUAUGAUGUUCGACCCGCCGCAGCGAUCGUCCAUGUGGAGAUUUGGUUAUGAAACGCCCGUCAAUACAAUGGACAACUUCCUCAGCUGUGGAUACGUUGGGAUUCAAUACGAUGAUGUUAAUCAAGGGCGCUGUGGUGAAUGUGGCGACAUUUGGAGCGAUCCUCGCCCUCGUCAAAAUGACGAAGGUGGGCUCUACGGUACCGGGACGAUUGGUCGAGUGUACGAACAAGGAAGUGUCAUUGACGUCACGAUUAACUUGAACAUCAGCCACCUUGGGUAUUUUGAAUUCCGCUUGUGUCCCAAGAGCUCGGCUGAGGAAUUGGUCACUCAAGAUUGUUUAGAUCAAAACUUGCUAACACUCAUUGACGGAACGACCAGAUUUACUGUCGAUCAGAAUAUUGUCGAAGUUCUGUUCAUAGUGCAAGUCCAACUACCGGCUGCUAUUUCCUGCGAAAAUUGUGUCCUUCAGUGGUACUACAGAGGAGGUGGGAGAGUUGGAGAUUGCGGAGAUGGUACAACAGAUUACGGGUGCGGUGACCAAGAAACUUACGUCAACUGCGCAGAUAUUGCAAUUCGAUAAAACCUCAAUUCGAGAAUUUUAUUUUCCAUUUAAUUAAAUUCUUGGAUUAAAAUUACGCAAUUGUAGCGUUACAAAAAUUAUUUUGGAAAUUUGCGGUCUAUAUCUCGUGUAAUAUAUUCAUGAAUUAGGGUACACAUGCAUGAUAAAAAUACAUGAAUUUUAAGGGGU